GGUUCACUCACACCUCCGCUACCGCCGCCAUCUUCCUGCCUGGCCCACUAUUUACCCUCCCCUCCCCUUUCCCCUCCCCUUCGUCCUCCCAUUCUCCCCCUGCUCCCCGCCCCGUCCCCCUCCCAACGUCUGACGAAGCACGCCGAGGGCUGGAGGUCCCCUCCCGCACCCUACCUCCGGUUCUCCCGGGUGACGCAGGGUGGAAAGGUGGGAGGAGCAGAGAAAGGAGGAGGGAUGGAGUCCCCGUUCUGUUGCAUUCUGGGAAGGACGCUGCUCCGUCAGUCGCGCAGCUUCCUGGGAGUUGUAGUCGGAAUCCUGAGGCAACCGGUAAUAAAAAAAGCUUUAAGUUUACACCAUGGAUAGCACCAAGGAGAAGAAUGGCAAUCACAAAGAUGAUCUUCUGCUUAGGGUGGGACUUAAUGAUAAUAAAGCCGGAAUGGAAGGAUUAGAUAAAGAGAAGAUUAACAAAAUUAUAAUGGAAGCCACAAAAGGAUCCAGAUUUUAUGGAAAUGAGCUCAAGAAAGAAAAGCAAGUCAACCAACGAAUUGAAAAUAUGAUGCAACAAAAAGCUCAAAUUACCAGCCAACAGCUAAGGAAAGCACAAUUACAGGUUGACAGAUUUGCAAUGGAAUUAGAACAGAGCCGGGAUCUGAACAAUACUAUAGUGCACAUUGACAUGGAUGCUUUCUAUGCGGCUGUAGAAAUGAGGGACAGUCCAGAAUUGAAGGAUAAACCUAUUGCUGUAGGAUCAAUGACUAUGUUGUCUACUUCGAAUUAUUAUGCAAGGAGAUUUGGUGUUCGCGCGGCCAUGCCAGGAUUUAUUGCUAAAAGACUCUGCCCACAACUUAUUAUUGUGCCCCCAAACUUUGACAAAUACCGAGCUGUGAGUACAGAGGUUAAGGAAAUACUUGCUGAUUAUGAUCCCAAUUUUAUGGCCAUGAGCCUUGAUGAAGCCUACUUGAAUAUAACAAAGCACUUACAGGAAAGACAAAAUUGGCCUGAGGACAAAAGGAAGUAUUUCAUCAAAACAGGAAACUCUCUAGAAAAUGAGAAACCAGGAAAAGAAGCUAAUAAACUGAAUGAGCAUGAGCGAUCCGUCUCUCCACUACUUUUUGAUGAUAGUCCUCCUGAUUUGCAGCCACAAGGAAACCCUUUACAAGUGAACUCUGAAGAACAGAAUAAUCCUCAAAUACUCCAAAAUUCAAUUGUUUUUGGAACAUCAGCUGAGGAAGCAGUAAAGGAAAUUCGUUUCAGAAUCGAGCAAAAAACAACACUGACAGCCAGUGCAGGCAUUGCCCCAAAUACAAUGUUAGCAAAAGUAUGCAGUGAUAAGAAUAAACCAAAUGGACAAUACCAAAUUCUCCCUAGCAGACAAGCUGUGAUGGACUUCAUCAAGGACUUACCCAUUAGAAAGGUUUCUGGAAUAGGAAAAGUUACAGAGAAAAUGUUAAAGGCACUUGGAAUUAUUACUUGUACAGAACUCUACCAACAGAGGGCAUUGCUUUCUCUUCUUUUCUCUGAAACAUCUUGGCAUCAUUUCCUUCAUAUUUCCCUGGGUCUAGGUUCAACACACCUGGCAAGGGAUGGAGAAAGGAAAAGCAUGAGUGUUGAGAGGACAUUCAGUGAGAUAAGUAAAGCAGAAGAACAAUAUAGCUUGUGCCAGGAACUUUGCAGUGAACUUGCUCAAGAUCUGCAGAAAGAAGGACUAAAGGGUAGAACUAUUACCAUUAAACUGAAGAAUGUAAAUUUUGAAGUGAAAACUCGUGCAUCUACAGUUUCAUCUGUUGUUUCUACUGCAGAAGAAAUAUUUGCUAUUGCUAGAGAAUUGCUAAGAACAGAAAUUGAUGCUGAUUUUCCACAUCCCUUGAGAUUAAGACUUAUGGGUGUACGGUUAUCCAGUUUUCCCAAUGAAGAAGACAAGAAACACCAACAAAGGAGCAUUAUUGGCUUCUUACAGGCUGGAAACCAAACUCUGUCAGGCACUGGGUAUAUACUAGAGAAAACGGACAAAGAUCAGUUUCUAAAACCUCUAGAAAUGUCUCAUAAGAAGAGUUUCUUUGAUAAAAAGCGAUCAGAAAGGAAAUGGAGCCACCAAGACACAUUUAAAUGUGAAGCUAUGGAUAAACAAAGUUUACAGACAUCACAUUCAUUUCAAGUUUUAAAGAAGAAGAUGAAUGAGAAUUUAGAAACGUUGGAGAAUUCAAAUAACUCUCAGAUAUUUACCUGUCCAAUUUGCUUUAGGGAACAAAGAAGCAUCAGUCUGGAAGCCUUUAAUAAACAUGUAGAUGCAUGUCUUGAUGGACCUUCGAUCAGUGAAGAUUCCAAUGUGUUCUCAUGUUCACGUGCUUCCUCUACAGAAGUUAAUAAGAAAGAAAAUGUACAUCCUUCUUUCUCACUCCAUGAGAAGCAGGAUUAUGAAACCCAUCAGAAGAAUUCAGAAAUCAAUUCAGUAGAUUGUAUAGAGCUAGUAGAGACUGAAGAUAACCCACGUAAAGCAGCAAGUGUAGACGGUUUAAGUGAUAAGCACAACAAAGAGGAAUAUGCUAGUCUUCCAAGCAAAUCAUUUAAUAUUGAGGAACGUUGUCACAAUUCUUCCUCUACUGUUUCAUUGGAAGAUACUGGGUCAUUAAGUUGGCAAGAAUCCUCCCAGCCUCAUUUACAUGAAGUGAUAACAGACCAAGCUCUAGUUUGUCCUGUUUGUAACCUAAAACAAAAGACUUCAGAUCUUACCUUGUUCAAUGUGCAUGUGGAUGUAUGCUUAAAUAAAGGCAUUAUCCAGGAACUGAGAAAGGAUAAAGCUAAUCUAGCUAACCAACCCAGGGAAAGCACCAAAAGUGCUGAUAACUCAGGCAGAGUUCAGAAGACUGCAACAAAACCAAAAAGGCCAGGAUUGAUGACAAAGUACUCAGCAUCAAAGAAAACAAAACCAAACAAUCCCAGACACACUCUUGAUGUAUUUUUUAAAUGAAUAUUGAACAUUUUAUCAUUGAACAUUUUAUUCUUUUUUUUUUUUUUUUUUAAAGAUUUUAUCCAUUUAUUUGACAGAGAGAGACACAGCAAGAGAGGGAACACAAGCAGGGGGAGUGGGAGAGGGAGAAGCAGGCCUCCCACGGAGCAGGGAGCCCGAUGCGGGGCUCGAUCCCAGGGCCCUGGGAUCAUGACCUGAGCCGAAGGCAGACGCCCAACGACUGAGCCACCAGGUGCCCCGAACAUUUUAUUCUUAAUAGAAACUUUUUAUUUUAUAAUCAAUGAAUCUUUUCUUCUUCAUUAAGUUUAUAGAUUCAUGUAGUGAAAGGCAAGUGCAAUAAUUCUUCCCCAAAUGACAUUUCUUUUAUAUGAAUUUGGAAUAUGUUCUAAUUAACUUUUGUAAACACCUUUUGGAUAACCAUGAGAAUUUCACUUCUAUUAUACAUCAAUCCGAAAAUCAGUCCUGUUAGAGAUAAUUUUAAAAUGAGAAAUUAGGAAUGGAAUCGAAAGUGAUUUGUUUCCUUAUCAUGUUUUAUAGUGAAUAUAAAAGCAUAUUUAUAAGGGCUCUCAGAGGUUCACACAAACCUAGGUUAGCAUAAGAAUUUUUCAGUACUGGGGCACCUGCGUGGCCUAGUCGAUUAAGGUUAAGCAUCUGACUCAUGAUUUCCACUCAGGUUAUAAUCUCAGGUCCUGAGAUCAAGCCCUGAGUGGGGCUCCGCACUCAGUGGGGAAACUGCUUGAGAAUUCUCUCAUUCUCCCUUUGCCCCUCCUCCUGCUCAUGCUCUCUCUUUCUAAAAUAAGUAAAACAAAUCUUAAAAAAAAUUUUUUUUUUCAGCACUUAACCACUUUGUUGGUACUGGACUGCUAUAUUUAUUAUAGUAACUUCUACAACUUUGUAUAUUCAUAUUUUAGAUCCUACUGUCUUCAGAUACCUCAUGAGCGUUCAUAAUUAAAAUUUAUUGGGGAGGGUGGUAGGGAGGUUUCGGGUGUUUACAUGGUGGAUGCUGCAAAGCUGGGGCAGAUGGAGGAGGUCCCUGAAAACCAAAGAGUUCAGCCGGCGACAGAUUGGGGAGGAGCCCUCAUGGAGUGCACCUCGACCCCCAGCAGCCUGGCCCUGGUGAGCCCCUACCACACGCACUGGGCCAGGGACCCCUUAGACCUUGUGGCACUUGCAGAGCAGGUGCAGAAGGUUGAUGAAUUAAUCUGAGCAAAUGCCACCAACAAACUGAUGGUCAUAGCUGAGCAAAUCCAACAUUUACUAGAAUAAGCCAGGAAGGUUUUGGAAGAUGCUCACAAAGAUGCUGACUUGCACCACAUAGCUUGUAAUAUAGUAAAAACAAAAAAACAAAAAACCUGGCAACAUUUACUACCUUUAUAAAUGGGAGAGUGGUCAGCAGUAUUUUUCUAUUUCUCCAAAAGAAUGGGGGACAGGUUGUCCACAUGAAUUCCUUGGUGCUUACAAGCUACAGCAUGACUUGUCCUGGACUCUGUAUGAGGAUAUUGAGAAGCACGAUGCUAAAAUCAACGUAGUGGACAAGUUGCUAAGCCAGCCAACGGCCCUGCCUCCAAACACUGAACCCACCUUCCAGGGACUGACUCACCGAGAGUGGACUCCGAUAAAUGGUUCUCACGGCAAGGACCUGUCACCUCCUUGUUGCCCUCAUUCUCUGCCUUGAUGGGAGGUGUCAUGAGAAUUGAGGUGAAUUGUGGGUGAAUCAUGAACUUCUUGAAAAGAGACCCUGUGUGGGGCACCUGGAUGGCUCAGUCAGUUAAGCAGUUAAGUGACUGCCUUUGGCUCAGGUUAUGAUUCUGGGGUCCUGUGAUCAAGCCCUAAGUGGUAGUCAGGCUCCCUGCUCAGCCAGGAGUCUGCUUCUCCCUCUGCCCCUCCUCCCACUCAUGCGCUCUUGAGAACUCUCUCUCUCUCACCUCUCCUCUCUCUCAAAUAAAAUCUUUAAAAAAAUUAUAAGUUCUAUGAACAAUAUUAGCUUGUCAGAACAGGGAUGAAAGUUUUGUUACCUUCAGGAAAAUAGUAUCACAGUAUUAUUUUCUGUGUUAAAAGAAUUGUUUAAAAUAGGAUUAUCCAUUUGAUUUUUUUUUUCUUUCUUAGAAUUCCUUUAUCUUAUGAAUAAGCAUAUGGUUCACUUUACAAAAUAUUUAGUCUAAGAUUCAAGGUAUUUUAAAUUUCUUUGUAGGACUUUAAAAUGGUGGUAUUUCAUUUCUUGAGAGUUAUGUUUAUACUUUACACAGAUCUAUAAAAAAGGAUAAAUUGUACUCUCACUUUAUUUUUAUUAUACCCCUUCAGAGAAAAGUGUGCAAUACAAAAGAUUAGUGUGUAUUAAGACAUCUCAUUUAUCUUAGCUAUAUUUCUAUCACAUUUUUAUUAAUAUUCGUGAAAGAAGACAGCUUAACACUAAUUAGCUUAAGUAAUUAAUCCAAAUACUUUUGUGCUAUUAAUACAAUUUUUUUUCAAAAAGCAAUUAUUUAAUGGAACAUGAAGAUGGGACCACUUUCUAUUAUUUUUUAAGGAACUGAAAUUUUUGUCUCAUAUUUUUGUUUUCUCUUUUCCUACUUUUCAUAUUUUAUAACUCAUUAUCUAAAUUUAUGAAGACAUAAUAUUUUAGAAUAGGUUAAAAUAGGAUCUUACACAGCCUUUGGCCAAAGUGGUAACUUGACUUGAAAUAAUUAGAUUGUUUGAAGUUAGAUUUAGGGGCGCCUGGGUGGCUCAGUUGGUUAAGCGACUGCCUUCAGCUCAGGUCAUGAUCCUGGAGUCCCGGGAUCGAGUCCCGUAUCGGGCUCCCUGCUCGGCAGGGAGUGUGCUUCUCCCUCUGACCCUCCUCCCUCUCAUGCUCUCUGUCUCUCAUUCUCUCUCUCUCAAAUAAAUAAAUCAAAUCUUAAAAAAAAAAAAAAAGAAAUAGGUUAAAAUAGGAUCUUACACAGCCUUUGGCCAAAGUGGUAACUUGACUUGAAAUAAUUAGAUUGUUUGAAGUUAGAUUUAGGGGCGCCUGGGUGGCUCAGUCGUUAAGCGUCUGCCUUCUGCUCAGGUCAUGAUCCCAGGGUCCUGGGAUCGAGCCCUGCAUCAGGGUCCCUGCUCUGCGGGAAGCCUGCUUCUCUCUCUCCCACUCCCCCUGCUUGUAUUCCUUCUCUCGCUGUCUCUCUCUCUGUCAAAUAAAUAAAUAAAAUCUUUAAAAAAAAUAAGUUAGAUUUAAUAUUUAUUAGCAUGCCAGUUUUAGGUCUAAUAUUAUCAUAUGCUAUGGCAAAUUCAGAAUUGUAGAGCUGUGGGUCUUGAUUGUGUGAUUUACAUAUCUAAAUUCUUUAUAAAAUUAAGUUCAGUGAAGUGCUGAUUUAAUGUAUUGAAAAGUUAAUAGCAUCAUAUUUAAUUGUUCCUAUCUUGCCUCAGAUUUAUUUUUAUUGUGUUUUCAACUUUAGAGUAAAUAUGAAAUUAUUUUCAUUUAGAUGAUUCAUUUAAUUGAAUGUUAUUUAGUAAUAUUUAAUGAUUUAAAAUAAAAUUGCAAGUGUUUAAUUGAUCUUUUAGCCAAUAAAUAUGGUUUCCUUACUUUUCUACUCUUCUACCACCUCUGAUUCUCUUUUAUUCUCUUUCCCCAGAAUUCUAUCCACAUUCUUUUCUGUUUUAUCUAAUGUACCCAACUCAUCUACUUUUUAUUAUGAUUUUGCUUUGGGGUAUUUUUAGGAAAUAAAGCAAAACUGCAAAGGACAAGCACCUAUGAUCUUACCUACUUAGAGCAUCAAAAUACAGGGAACCACCUGGACAACAUAUUUGUGACACAUGUAACUGGCCAAAAACUAGAUCCAGAAUAUGUAAUCCAGAAGAUACAAAUGACUCCUAUGUAUUAGUAAGAAAAAGACAAAUAGCUAGUAGAAAUUUGACCAAAUGACUUUAAAUGUCACUUUACAUAAAAGGAAAUCCAAAUGACCAGGAAACAUGAACACAUUCUCAGCCAUUUUAGUAAUAGGGAAAUGAAAAAACCACAAAGAGGUAUCAUUACAUCCCUACCAGAUUAACAAAAAUGAAAAGAUCCAAUGUUAUUAAAUUUUGGUGAUGACGUGGAGCAAUGUGAACUCUUCUUUGAAGACAAUCACUUUGGAAAACAGUUUGCUUUUCUUCGGUAAAUUUAAAGAUGUGUACGUUUAGCAACCCAUCAAUUGCACUCCUAAAUAAACAGCUUUGCUGGUUAUCUUCCAUUUGCUCUCCAGAUUUACUCUUGACCCUUGACACUGCUUUAUGUCCAGUAAGGGGCUAUGGCAAUGGGGGAACCACUACAGAUUUCAGGGAGAAAAGAAGAUGAAGUUGGGUAUUUAUUCCCACAUGUACCUUAUUAUAUGAUCAUCUAGAGCUGGUUAGGUCCCUUGACCAAAGGUCACAAGUUUUUUAUACUGUGUUCUCUCCUCUAUCUCUUCAGUUUUGUUUUGUUUUUUUUUUAAGCUUUAUUUAUUUAAUCUCUGCACCCAAUGUCGGGCUCCAACUCAUGACUCUGAGAUCAGGAGUCACACACUCUUCCAACUGAGCCAGCCAGGUGCCCCCUCUCUUCAGGUUCUGAUGAUCCUUUCCUUCCCUCACCCCUUCAGCCUAGGGGUGGCAACAGAGUCUUGCUCUUACUAGUUUUGGGGUGCUACAGCAUCUUUUGUGUUUCCCCACACCUUUGUAAAUGGUCCUUUUUAAAAAUUCAUCACAAAAUAUAAUUUUUUUUUCCUUCCAGAGCCCUGAUACAAUGUCUUGGGAAAACUACUGAACAUGUUCCUUAAGAAGUAUGUACAACAAUGCUCUUUUAUCAGCACUGUUAAUAGCAAAAAAAGGGAAAAUAAAAAUUAAUUUAAUUCUA